UGGGACAAAUUUUGGCGUGGUCUCUCUCUUUUUCUCGCAAGAAGAGAAGUCCAGGAACAAGGAAAAGUAUUCUUCCUCAUUGAAUUGUUUUCCUGUUCAUCUUUCCCCAUAGAUCAUUUAACCACUUAAAUUGUUGUAAAUCCCUUGAUUUCUAUCUGGGGUCCCCAAUACGGCUAUUGCUAAUUUUCUUGGUCGCUUUAUGAUGAUUUUCUAAGCACCUAAGGCCCUAUUUUUUAACAUUACUGAUUGAUUUGUUUUCUAGCCUGAGGUAAACGCUUUAUUUCAGCUUGCAGUCUUCUCUCAUGCAUGGUUCUCUUAAUCUUCCAUAAAAUGGGAAUUUUUCUCACAUUUUGAUUCUUCCUUCUUUGGUACAUUUUUGGUCAAGAAUUCUAUUCUCAUCCCCUCCCAUCUUGCUUGACAUUCAGCAAGAUCAAUUAUUAUCGCGCAACAAAUUAAGAAGAAAUUGCUUUCUAGAUUUGAUUAAAGUAUCCACAAUUUCUAUAUCUUCGAGGAGUCGAGUUCUCACCUGAUACCGGCGAAUUUGAUUCAUAUAUGGAGGCGGCAAGUGCCAACCUUGCACGUUCGUCCAGCGAGAAGCAUGUGGAGGAACCGGCAAGCAACAAGACGGCACAAUGCUCGGUGAUCUCCAUCUACCAGGCCAAUAUUUUGGGGUUGCCCCGAAAUGUGACGGUUGUUUGGAGCAAGAACCUCAUCAACCACUCCCUCUCGGUCUCCGUGGAGAAGUCCAACGGUGACAGCCCCUUCACAUGCAAGGUGGACCUAAAGCCAUGGCCCUUUUGGAGCAAGAAGGGCUUCAAGUCCUUCGAGAUCGACGGCAAGCGCGUCGACAUCUACUGGGACCUCCGGUCGGUUAAGUUCUCCAAUGGCCCCGAGCCCUCAGGAGGCUACUACGUCGCGCUUGCAUGCGAUGAGGAGGUGGUCCUCCUGCUGGGGGACUGCAAGAAGGAAGCGUACAAGAGGACGAAAUGCCGGCCCGCGUUGGAGAGCGCAGCAUUGGUGUCCAAGAGGGAGAAUGUGUUUGGCAAGAAGUGUUUCACUACGAGGGCCAGAUUCGAUGAGAGGAAGACGAAGGAGCACGACAUCAUCGUGGAGAACUCGAUCUCAGGAGCCAAGGAUCCGGAGAUGUGGAUUAGCAUCGAUGGUGUCGUUCUGAUCCAUGUGGACAACCUCCAAUGGAAGUUCCGGGGGAAUGAGACGGUGAUGGUUGAGAAGGUGCCGGUGCAAGUGUUUUGGGACGUGCAUGACUGGCUGUUCGGGGCCCCGGGAACGGGGCAUGCCUUGUUUAUAUUCAAGCCUGGGGUACCAGGGGCUGCAGCAGAGGAAGACCGCAAUGGGACUGAGGGGUGUAGUAGUAGUUCGGGUCAGAAUGGCACUGCAAGCUCUCCGGCUCCAGAGUUCUGCUUCUUUCUUUGCGCUUGGAAGACGGAGUGACUGAUUCACGAGUCAGUCAGUCCCAGCGUCAUCCCCGAAGGCUAAGAUGUUCCGAGGAGCACUAUAUGUGAAACAUAAGAAACAUACGAGGUCUGGCACGAUGUUUUCAAUCUGAAUAUAAAAAGAGCUCUCUCCCAUCUUACACUCCCAUGCGAUGUACUUUUGAAUUCUGGAUGUUGUAAUGAUGGAGAACCCGUCAUUCGAUCGUUAAGAAUAUAUUAUUGAACUGCAGGAGACUUGACAAUAUCGUAUCGGGUGGUUAUUUUGAUUAGCUAAGUAUAAGCUACUGCGACGAUGGCUUUUGAAG